AAAUAAAAUGAGAAAACUGUGCCUUUUAGAACAGGAAUCAACUGCAUGAUCUGUGUGCUUUCCAAAAGUGUGGCUCACUCUUCUUUUGCAAAAGAAAACUACAAGGAAUCUUGACAGGAAGUUGUUGCGUUUUUGUUUUUGUUUUUGUUAAGUAGUUAGUUCUACCAAAUAGUUUUGCAAAUAGACCCAGGCUUGACUGGCAAUUAAACAUGAAACUUCUCAUUGGGUAUUUUCGAGACUACCACGGGGAAUCAGCUACCAGCUUACUGCCAUGUGGAAAACUGCACGAGAUUCCGGGAUUGGAAUCAAAAUGCUAAUUUAAAAGGUCAAGUGAAGCUGCUCCUCACGUUUUGGCGUGCCUGCGCUCUCUGCAGGCAGAAGCGAACAAAGACCCAGCAAGAGAAGGCAGAGGCUAAGACCCAUCCCGUAUCUGCUCUCCUGAAAUAAUUCUGGAGUCAUGCCUGAAAUGCCAGAGGACAUGGAGCAGGAGGAAGUUAACAUCCCUAAUAGGAGGGUUCUGGUUACUGGUGCCACUGGGCUUCUUGGCAGAGCUGUACACAAAGAAUUUCAGCAGAAUAAUUGGCAUGCUGUUGGCUGUGGUUUCAGAAGAGCAAGACCAAAAUUUGAACAGGUUAAUCUAUUGGAUUCUAAUGCAGUUCAUCACAUCAUUCAUGAUUUUCAGCCCCAUGUUAUAGUACAUUGUGCAGCAGAGAGAAGACCAGAUGUUGUAGAAAAUCAGCCAGAUGCUGCCUCUCAACUUAAUGUGGAUGCUUCUGGGAAUUUAGCAAAGGAAGCAGCUGCUGUUGGAGCAUUUCUCAUCUACAUUAGCUCAGAUUAUGUAUUUGAUGGAACAAAUCCACCUUACAGAGAGGAAGACAUACCAGCUCCCCUAAAUUUGUAUGGCAAAACAAAAUUAGAUGGAGAAAAGGCUGUCCUGGAGAACAAUCUAGGAGCUGCUGUUUUGAGGAUUCCUAUUCUGUAUGGGGAAGUUGAAAAGCUCGAAGAAAGUGCUGUGACUAUUAUGUUUGAUAAAGUGCAGUUCAGCAACAAGUCAGCAAACAUGGAUCACUGGCAGCAGAGGUUCCCCACACAUGUCAAAGAUGUGGCCACUGUGUGCCGGCAGCUAGCAGAGAAGAGAAUGCUGGAUCCAUCAAUUAAGGGAACCUUUCACUGGUCUGGCAAUGAACAGAUGACUAAGUAUGAAAUGGCAUGUGCAAUUGCAGAUGCCUUCAACCUCCCCAGCAGUCACUUAAGACCUAUUACUGACAGCCCUGUCCUAGGAGCACAACGUCCAAGAAAUGCUCAGCUUGACUGCUCCAAAUUGGAGACCUUGGGCAUUGGCCAACGAACACCAUUUCGAAUUGGAAUCAAAGAAUCACUUUGGCCUUUCCUCAUUGACAAGAGAUGGAGACAAACGGUCUUUCAUUAGUUUAUUUGUGUUGGGUUCUUUUUUUUUUUUAAAUGAAAAGUAUAGUAUGUGGCACUUUUUAAAGAACAAAGGAAAUAGUUUUGUAUGAGUACUUUAAUUGUGACUCUUAGGAUCUUUCAGGUAAAUGAUGCUCUUGCACUAGUGAAAUUGUCUAAAGAAACUAAAGGGCAGUCAUGCCCUGUUUGCAGUAAUUUUUCUUUUUAUCAUUUUGUUUGUCCUGGCUAAACUUGGAGUUUGAGUAUAGUAAAUUAUGAUCCUUAAAUAUUUGAGAGUCAGGAUGAAGCAGAUCUGCUGUAGACUUUUCAGAUGAAAUUGUUCAUUCUCGUAACCUCCAUAUUUUCAGGAUUUUUGAAGCUGUUGACCUUUUCAUGUUGAUUAUUUUAAAUUGUGUGAAAUAGUAUAAAAAUCAUUGGUGUUCAUUAUUUGCUUUGCCUGAGCUCAGAUCAAAAUGUUUGAAGAAAGGAACUUUAUUUUUGCAAGUUACGUACAGUUUUUAUGCUUGAGAUACUUCAACAUGUUAUGUAUAUUGGAACUUCUACAGCUUGAUGCCUCCUGCUUUUAUAGCAGUUUAUGGGGAGCACUUGAAAGAGCGUGUGUACAUGUAUUUUUUUUCUAGGCAAACAUUGAAUGCAAACGUGUAUUUUUUUAAUAUAAAUAUAUAACUGUCCUUUUCAUCCCAUGUUGCCGCUAAGUGAUAUUUCAUAUGUGUGGUUAUACUCAUAAUAAUGGGCCUUGUAAGUCUUUUCACCAUUCAUGAAUAAUAAUAAAUGUGUACUGCUGGCAUGUAAUGCUUAGUUUUCUUGUAUUUACUUCUCUUUUUAAAUGUAAGGACCAAACUUCUAAACUAAUUGUUCUUUUGUUGCUUUAAUUUUUAAAAAUUACAUUCUUCUGAUGUAACAUCUGAUACAUACAAAAGAAUAUAGUUUAAUAUGUAUUGAAAUAAAACACAAUAAAAUUAA